CCCCUACCCCUCCCCCUCCACCUCAAAGAAAUUGCGAGCGAGCAGCAGCGGCGCGGCACAUGAGCUGAGGAGAGGGGCGGCAUCGAGCGGCUCGCUCCCUCCCUCCCUCCCUCCCUCCUCGGAUCCGCGCGCUCGCAAUCGCGCAGAGGGUAGGGCUCCCGAUUCGCGCCUUCCUAAACCCUAGGCUAGAUCCAGGGCGAGGGGGAGGGGGAGGGGAGGGGGAGGGGGAAGGGGAGGGGGAGGGAGGAGGUGGUGGAAGACGGGCCCGCGCCGCCGCCGAUGGCUGGGGCUGCCGAGGAAGCGGGCGGCGGCGGGGGCGGGGGAGGGGAGCGGAUGAAGCUGCUGUGCAGCCUCGGCGGCCGCAUCCUCCCGCGGCCGGGGGACGGGACGCUGCGGUACGCCGGCGGCGACACCCGGAUCGUGUCGGUGCCCCGCGGGGUGGCGCUCGGGGACCUGCUCGCGCGGCUCGCCGAGGCGUACGGGGGCGCCACGGGCCCGCACUUCGCGGUGAAGUACCAGCUCCCCGACGAGGGGCUGGACGCGCUCAUCUCGGUGUCCUCGCCGGAGGAUCUCGACAAUAUGAUCGAGGAGUAUGAUAAGCUGGCGGGCGCUAGCCCCAAGCUGAGGGUGUUCAUCUUCCCCAUCUCCGACGCGGCGGGGGGCGCCGGCGGGGAGGAGGCGGAGGGCGGGGGCUACGAUGCUGGGCUUCGGUAUCUGGAGGCGGUGAACGGUAUUGUGCGCAAGGACAGCGUCGCGAGCCUCUCGUCGACGCAGAACUCGGACGGCGGGCCGCCUCCACCGGUGCCUUCCGGUGGCGGUGGCGGCGGCUCUCCGACGGCCCUCUCCCCCACCUCUACUUGCUCAAAUGAUGCCGCGAGAUCGGCGUUUAGUGUGGCGCCGCCGCCACCGCUUGUUGAUGUCUUCAGCAAUGCUGCCCCGGCUCCUGUUCCUGCAAAGCCGCAGGAGAGUGCUGCUGAAGUGAGGGCUCCACAGGCGAACCCGCAUCCGGAGGCAUCAAGGUACCGGCAGCCGCUGUCGCAGCUACCACCAUUGCCACCUGUGUUCAUGAACGAUCAUAGGGAGGCCAUGCAGGGUUUGAAUCAGGUAGUGCCAGGAAAUGGGGGAAGGCUGGAAGACUGCAACAUGUGCUUGAAGGCACUUCCUCAUGCUCACUCAGAUCCAGUGGUGACUGAGUAUGGUAGCGAAAUGCAGGGAGGGCCUGCCCCCGAGACGGUGCCAGUAUACAUGAGCCUGCGUCCAGAAGAUGUGGCAAGGAUCAUGAUGCCAGAGCGGGCGGUGCCAGUUCCGAUGGGGGCUUAUGGCUACACCCAUAUGCAUCCAGUGCCGCAUGAGAGGGAGAUGAUGUAUGCACAACAGGUUGAAGGGAUUCCGAACACGGUGCUCAUUGACCCAUCUGGCUUACAUCAGCAUGUUUAUGUGCAUCAGCAGCAGCAGCAGCAACAACUUUCACCACAGCAGCUGCCUGCAACCUAUGGAUUUAGCCAGAUCCCUGUGAUUCCAAAUGAGAAGGACAGAGUAGUUUCUCCAGGUUCGGCUCAUUCUGAUAUUGCGAGCUCUCAUCAACACAUUAUGCAGCAGCCACCACCGCCGCCGCAGCAAUUGCCUUCAAGCCAAGGAAUGGCACAAUAUCCCGUUAAGCAAAAUAGUCCAAAUAAUCCACUUACAGGUGAGGGUAGUCUAAGUGGCAAUGCAAGGCAUCGUGAGGAUGGACCGACGCGUCGAGAUAAUGUGUCUCCAGGGGCACCUGCUGCUGUGCCGACCUAUAUGGCUAAUGUGGACAGGAUGAUGGAUUCGCUCCGUGUGAGCCCCAGUGAGGCCAGUUCUGGCUCUACCGAACAAAGAAAGCAAGUGAUGCCUUCUGAGAAUGGUGUACCUGAACACACUCAGGGGUUUCCAGAUUCUCGAGCAAGAGAAGUCAGGGAAAGCAAUACCAACACCUUUUUUGAUGUCAGCGAACCCAAGGUAGUCCUUCCAACUGAACCAGCACCAUCACCUUCCAUAGCCAGCUCUUAUUUGCACAAUGUUCAGCACACCAAUGUGAGCCAUAUGCCACAUAUGAUGAGCAUUGGGGGGCCAUAUUCGAGUUAUGUUGUCGCUGCAGUUGGGCCUGGUGGGGUGCCUCCAUCAGCUUAUGGUGUUGAUCUUGUGUAUGCAAAUGCCGCUGUCAAUCCAUUAAGUGAGCGUAAAGAUGUUCCACAUGAAGUAGUUGCUCCUCCAAAUGCUAAUGCUCAGGUGCCUGCAGCAGCAUUGGCCAACCAUGCUCCAAAUGUCGACCAAAUCCAAGAGUCUGGCUUACAAGGCCAACAAUUUAACAAUGAGGACCCUUGGAAAGUAGUAGCAAAUACACAUGCUUUGCCACCGAGACCUAAGAGGGUAGCAAGCAGGGAUAACAUCAGCCCAAAGGAUCCCCAUUCUCACAACUCUUUAUUGAAUUGCAAAGGGCCAGAUCUGAAUAUUCCGGCUGAAGAAGUUGCUAUCCACCAACAAUCAGAUCACAAGGAUGCACAUACAGAGCAUGUUCGAUUCGCCAAAGGUGAUGAUAUGACCAGCCCAGACUUGGUAAGUGUCGAGGACAGUUUAGUUACAUCUAAUACCAAGUCAUCAGAUCCCCAGCCUCCUGUGCUGAAUGACGGUGUUGGUGCUGUCGCUAGUAAAGUGGAUGCCGAAGCUCACGGCAAUGAGGUUAACAAGAGCAGACCAGCAGAUUGGAUUUCAGGUUUUCCAGCUACGGAUGAUCUUGGACGUCUGCAGAUUAUAAAGAACAAUGACCUUGAAGAGCUCCAAGAACUUGGUUCUGGAACAUUUGGAACCGUAUAUCAUGGUAAAUGGAGGGGAUCUGAUGUUGCUAUAAAAAGAAUCAAUGACAGAUGUUUUGCUGGGAAGCCAUCGGAGCAAGACAAGAUGCGGUAUGACUUCUGGAAUGAAGCAUCUAAACUUGCUGAUCUACACCACCCAAAUGUUGUGGCCUUUUAUGGUGUUGUUCUUGAUGGACCUGGGGGAUCAAUUGCCACGGUUACUGAAUACAUGGUUAAUGGCUCACUCAGAACAGCUUUGCUGAAGAAUGCCAAGACCCUUGAUCGUCGUAAGAGAUUAAUAAUUGCCAUGGAUACAGCUUUUGGAAUGGAGUACUUGCAUAACAAAAAUAUAGUGCACUUUGACCUGAAAAGUGACAAUUUACUUGUUAAUUUAAGGGAUCCUCAACGCCCGAUAUGCAAGGUUGGUGAUCUUGGACUUUCAAAAGUGAAGUGUCAGACCCUCAUCUCUGGUGGUGUGAGGGGAACUCUUCCUUGGAUGGCACCAGAGCUUCUGAAUGGAAGUAGCAGCUUGGUCUCUGAAAAGGUUGAUGUGUUCUCCUUUGGGAUUGUUCUCUGGGAACUCUUGACAGGAGAAGAACCAUAUGCAGAUCUGCAUUAUGGUGUUAUUAUAGGUGGCAUCGUGAGCAACACUCUGCGACCACCGGUACCCGACUCUUGUGAUCCGGAGUGGAGAUCAUUGAUGGAGCAAUGUUGGUCAACAGAACCAUCUGAACGGCCAACCUUUACGGAGAUUGCUGGUAGGUUACGUUCCAUGGCUGCAUCCCAGAAGGUGCAAGCCUGAGGUCAACAGCUUGGGUGGGAGAUUGUGAUGGAACGGCAGUCAGCAAACUUCUGGGGCAUCGGCGGAUAAGUUCUCUAUUGCCAGAUCGCGUAUUUAGGAACUCACCACUGAUAUAAAUAUGCCUUCAUUGUGUCCCUAGGAUCUAUCUGUUCAUACCUCUUCAUUGUUUCAUAUCUUGUAAUCAAAAAAGUUACCAGCCCGUAUGUCUAGAAGUAUCGCAAUGGACGUCUCAGAUCCAUAUUCUUUCAUUUAUACUUUUUGCUUAGAGGUGAGUUUAAUAAGUUAGUCUAGUGUCAGUUAUAGGGAGCCCAAUAUGUUUUUUCCUUUUUCUUUUUGUCCCCCUUUCCUGGGUAAUAAUUGAGUUAUUUGGAGGUCGUCGUUCGGUCGGUCGGUCGGUCUGAAUGUAAACUGAUGUUGAAGGGUAAUUAAGCUUGGUUGGUCAUUGCAAGUCAUGGAACACAGAGUGAGGUCCUUGCUUGUAACAAGAGCUGCUUGUUUUUUUUUUUUGGUGAUAUGUGA